AUGGCUCUUUCAGAGUUCACUUUCAAAUAUGUAGCACAAAAAUCUGUAAAGGGACAAGCAUUGGCUGAUUUCUUGGCUCAUCACCCAUCUGCAGAGAUGGAAUCCAUGGAGGAAGUUGAGAUUGGAUUUGUUGAAACCAUGCGGAAUAAUUUCUGGACAAUGCACUUUGAUGGCUCUAGCACAGAAACGUUAGCUGGCGCUGGUGUUACAAUUGAAUCUCCAGAAGGUGAAAUAUUCCCAUUCGCAUUUCAGUUGGAUUUUCGUUGCACCAAUAAUCAGGCUGAAUAUAAGGCCCUCAUUAUUGGGAUGGAGAUGCUCCAGGAGAUGGGAGCUCAGUGUGUUUUGGUACUUGGGGACUCACAGUUAGUAAUUAAUCAGUUGCUUAAGGAAUUCAAAUGUACAAGUUGGUCUUUACUACCUUACUAUGCUCUAGCAGAUCAACUGGUUGAGGCUUUUGAUAGAAUCUCUUUUGUCCAUGUUCCAAGAAAGGAGAAUAGUGAUGCUAAUGAAAUGGCGCAUCUUGCCUCCGGUAUGCACUUUCAGACAACAGAAGCGAGUAGGAUAGUUAAGGUCUCUAGAAGAACCAUGCCUGCCUUACAAGAUCGUGGUGUCCCUGUAGAAAUCUUUGUUGUUAUUGUGGAUUUGUCAGAUUGGAGGUAUCCGAUAAUCCAAUUUCAUAAUAAUCCAGAAGGAAAGCAUGAUCGUAGAACUAAGUAUUUCGCGGCCAACUACGUGCUCUACAAGGAUCAGUUGUAUCGUAAAUUUGCAAACGGUUUGCUUCUCUUGUGCAUUGGAGGACCUGACGCUCUUCGAGUUAUGCGCGAAGUGCAUGAGGGGAUCUAUGGAGCUCAUCAGGCAGGAAUCAAGAUGCGUUGGUUGAUUCGCAGACACGGCUAUUACUGGCCAACUAUAAUGAAGGAUUGCACUGAAUUUGCUCUCGGCUGUCAACAAUGUCAAAUACAUGGUCCACAUCAUAGAGUGCCUGCUCAUUUGUUGCAUCCAAUUGUUAAACCUUGGCCAUUUCGUUGUUGGGCCAUGGAUAUCAUUGUGGCGACCGAUUUCUUCACCAAAUGGGUUGAGGCGAAGCCAUACACUUCCAUCUAUGGUGAAACUGUAAUCACCUUUAUUAAACAAGAGAUUGUGCACUGGUUCGGAAUCCCUGAAACAAUUCUCGCAGAACGCGGUUCUGUCUUCAUUUCAGAGGCUGUGCAUAUUGCUACCAGUGAGUUAGUCAUACAAAUGACUCACUCUACUCCCUAUUACCCUAAAGCAAAUGGUCAGGCUGAAGCAUCUAACAAAGUGGUCAUCAAUGUGCUCAAAUGGAUGAUAGAUGAUAAACCGCGUGAUUGGCAUAAUCUUUUGUCUGAAACAUUGUGGGCUCUCCGCACUUCGAAAUGA